GGAGAGCAGCUGAUCGCAGUCCCGUGGUGGUACAUUAUGGCUGACAUGCAAAAUUUGGUAGAAAGAUUGGAGAGGGCAGUGGGCCGCCUGGAGGCAGUAUCCCAUACCUCUGACAUGCACUGUAGAUAUGGAGACAGUUCAUCAAAAGGGGCAAUUCCAUAUGUGCAAGCAUUUGACUCACUGCUUGCUGGUCCUGUGGGAGAGUACUUGAAGAUCAGUAAAGAAAUUUGGGGAGACGUGCAGAAACAUGCGGAGAUGGUCCACACAGGUCUGAAGUUGGAGCGAGCAGUCUUGGUUACAGCCUCUCAGUGUCAGCAGCCAGCAGGUAAUAAGCUUUCUGAUUUGUUGGCACCCAUCUCAGAGCAGAUCCAAGAAGUGAUAACUUUUUGGGAGAAGAACCGAGGCAGCAAGUUGUUCAAUCACUUGUCAGCUGUCAGUGAAAGUAUCCAGGCCCUGGGCUGGGUGGCUAUGGCUCCCAAGCCUGGUCCCUAUGUGAAAGAAAUGAAUGAUGCUGCCAUGUUUUAUACAAACCGAGUCCUCAAGGAGUACAAAGAUGUGAAUAAGAAGCAUGUAGACUGGGUCAAAGCUUACUUGAGUAUAUGGAUAGAGCUGCAGGGUUACAUUAAGGAGUUCCAUACCACUGGACUGUCCUGGAGCAAGACAGGGCCUGUGACAAAAGAACUGAGUGGAUUACCAUCUGGCCCCUCUGUUGGAUCAGGCCCUCCUCCCCCACCGCCAGGACCACCUCCUCCCCCAGUCCCCACCAGUUCAGGCUCUGAUGACUCUACAUCCCGUUCAGCAUUGUUUGCGCAGAUUAAUCAGGGGGAGACCAUCACACAUGCCCUAAAACAUGUAUCUGAUGACAUGAAGACUCACAAGAACCCUGCCUUGAAGGCUCAGAGUGGUCCGGUACGCAGUGGCCCCAAGCCAUUCUCUGCACCCAAACCCCAAACCAGCCCAUCCCCCAAACCAACCACAAAGAAGAAGCCAGCUCUACUUGAACUGGAAGGCAAGAAGUGGAGAGUGGAAAAUCAGGAGAAUGUUUCCAACCUGGUGAUUGAUGACACAGAGCUGAAACAGGUGGUUUACAUAUACAAAUGUGUCAACACCACAUUGCAAAUCAAGGGCAAAAUUAACUCCAUUACAGUAGAUAACUGUAAGAAACUUGGUCUGGUAUUUGAUGACAUGGUGGGCAUCGUGGAGAUAAUCAAUAGUAGGGAUGUCAAAGUUCAGGUAAUGGGUAAAGUGCCAACCAUUUCCAUCAACAAAACAGAUGGCUGCCAUGCUUACUUGAGCAAGAAUUCCCUGGAUUGUGAGAUAGUCAGUGCCAAAUCGUCUGAGAUGAACGUCCUCAUUCCUACAGAAAGUGGUGACUUUAAUGAGUUUCCAGUCCCUGAGCAGUUCAAGACCCUAUGGAAUGGGCAGAAGUUGGUCACCACAGUGACAGAAAUUGCUGCGUAAGCGAAGUGCCACUGGGUUCUUUGCCCUCUCCCUUCACACCAUGGGAUAAAUCUGUAUCAAGACAGUU